AUGCAAUUCAAACCUCAAGAAGAAGAUUUGACGUUGGUUGUUACCGGCCAUGGUGUAGCCGACUACGACGCCUGGCUCAAGGUAUUCACUGGUGCUUGCGAGGCUCCCAAAGAGGAAAACUUUCAUCGCAACGUCUUGCAAGUCAAGUACCACUUGGCCGCGCAGCAAACCAACCCCAAACAAGGCACCAGCAAUCCUUGCUGCUUGGUAGUGGCUGUCUCGCCUUCGUCGACGGACGCAAUCAUGGAGGGGGUGCUCAAGUACGAGGGCGAACCCUUUGAUACAUUCAAAAAAGACGGAACCAUGAUCCCUCCCUUUGAACCCAACAUGAUGGGCCGUUUGGUUGCCGAUCGCUGGGAUGUCCCCGAAGAAGAGGUGGGGGAGGAUUUGAAAAAGAAUCCCGGAAACUACAUGGUAUAUGUGGCAUCCCAUGGUGUCCCCUCGUUUGACAAAUGGUACACGGAAGCCUUUGGCGGUGGAGCUCCCAUGCCGGCCGAAUUGCGGGAUGGUUUGGGAGUGGUACGCACGCUCGUGGCCAAGGGUCCAAAGCGUACGGUGGACGACCAAGAGCAAGAAACCUGCAUUGUUCUACAUGUCUUUCGAAAGGCUGGAUAUGAUGCAUUUGCUCAAUUGGCCAAGUAUGAUGCUCCACCCUUUGUGGGCGGACCUGACUUUAUUGGAAACGGCCUGGUCAUUCCACCCUUUGACAUCAACUUGUUCGCCGAUGCGGCUUUGUCUUUCGAGUAUUGA